ACACUAAAACCUGGCGUUGUUACUUUCUGUUUUCUCGUUCCGGUCAAGAUGGCGUCGAUGUCAGAAACUUCAUAUUGGAUAAACUUUUUCACCAGUGCAGGCAUUCCUGCAGGAGAUGCUACUCAUUAUGCAAUUCUGUUCACGGAUAAUCGCAUCACUCGUGAAAUGUUAUUGGAUAUAAGUAAAGAAUAUCUCACAGACAUGGGAGUGUCGAGACUCGGUGACAUUAUUGCUAUCCUCAAGCAUUGCAAGAGUGUCUUCAAUCAGGAAGCUAAAGAUAAGAUUUUGAGAUCAACUUCUUUGACUACUUCCUCUUCACUGUCUUCAUCCCCGGUCUUAACACCUCGUAGAUCAACUGCUGCAAGUCGUAUGGUGAAUCACUUCACAAGCAAGCAUCCAGAAGCAGCCCCAAUGAGCCAGAUACCCGUGCCAAAAGUUCCUCCACCUGACCCACCUAAGUCAAAGAGGAAAGUGUCAGUGUUUGACAGACUUGGGUCUGAUGGAGCAGAUGAUAUCACUCUCACUACAACGUCAGCGUCCACUUCCCCUCAGUCUGUCUUCAAUCGGCUCGGUGGGAAAGCGGCAGUGAAACGCGCUGCAUCCUCAACCUCUCUUGACAGCCCGCCAUCCUCACAGAGUGACGGUUUACCCUAUGCAGGAGUGCUUAAGAACUCUGGCCCCUCUCCAGCGAAAAAAGCCAACAUCAAAGUAGCAGUCACUCGCUCUACUCGGUCCCCAAAAGUCACCCUGACAUCUUUUAAAAUAAGGAAAGAGAUCAAGAACAUCGUUUCAGAUGAGAAAAAGUCUUCAAACAUACAACGGCCUGAAAUAUCUACCACUACAGAAGGUGUUUUGUCAGAUCAUGCUAAAAAAGAGUCCUUGUCUCUGAGAGACAGAUUAGGAGCCAAACAUGAAGCAGCUACAUCCAGCGAUAUAGAGGGUAAACUGGCCUCCCUAAAGGCUGCUUCUGGGACCAAGCAAGGAAAAGUGAGUAUUCAAGAUCGGCUAGGGGCCAAAGUGGAAGAGCAAUCAUCCUCACCCGUCGUAUCGUCCACACAGACAAUCAGCACAAAGAAAAAAAAGGAACCAGUGUCCACAACAUCGGCAGCUAAAGUUUCUGGUGUGUUUAGCAGAUUAGGAAAGAAAUCUCAGACGUAGUUCAUUAAGGAAGUGCAAUGUAUGUUUGUCUAGUUUCUCUAUCACCAGCCUUUCCAAAGAAUGAAAAGACUUGACAUUAUCACUUCAUAAAUAGUAUUUGAAAAACUUGUAAAUCUGUGGAUGCUUGAUUGUUUUUGUUGGCUUUUUUUGUUGUUUUUUUUUGUUGCUCUUUGUUUACUUUAGGGUGAUAUUUCCCCUGUGGGGACAAUUCGACGUGCUUUGAUUAAGCUAGGGCUUCAUCUUCAGGUUUAAUGUGUAUUCGACUCCUUGCCAAAUAAAGCAGGGGAAAUCUCUCUCUGGAUCUAGAUUAAUUUCAACAUCUUAAGCUAUUUUUUUUUAUUGCCUGUGUUAGAUCUAGUUAUUUUGCCUUUACGCUCAGCAACAGCAAGAAGCUAAGGGUGCUGAUGGUAAAUACUGGACAGCUGUAAACACCGCUGCUAAUUGCAGUUAUCUUGGUAUCUUACAGUUGAGACAGGCUACAUUGUGAGGUACACAAAGUGGCAGACACUCGGCUCUACUGGUCAAGUAAUACUGCUUUUUUAUAACUGAUAAUACACCUCAAAUGGCAAUUUUUAUCGUGCGAAAGGAAUUUAUCAUUGCAUUAAAUUUUUUAUCCAUAAAAGUUGCAAUAAAAUGUCAUCAUUCUUCAAUUUGGUGAUACGGUUACCACUUAAACACAUGCCAUACAAGGGCAUGCUCCUCUCAAACACACAUUUUCAUGUGCCGUGUAUUUCAGUUUGUUUAUAGAUCCUAACUGCAUCAUGAUGUAGGCCUAUAGGUUUUAAGAGUUGCCAGCUCUAAUGUUACAUCAUGAUAUUUGGGUUUGAAGUUUUAGUAUUUUGACAGCUCCACAGUCAUAUUGCGAGUAUUGUCAGAAUUUUAAUCAGUUGAUAGCCUCCAUAGUAUCAUUAUUUUGUUUGGAUUUUAAUCCUUUGAUCAGCUCACUGUAUGUUCAUUAUGUAAUGAGGGUUGGCAAUUGGUAGUAGAGUAGAGAUUUUAAAUGUAAAAAUAUGGAAAGCACUGGAGAGUCAUUGUCAUUAUUAUGCAGACAUAGGACAGAGUGCUUUACAUAUAUGGAUGUUGAGAUGUGUCAGUUUUCCUUUUGCAAGUUGUUUUCCUUGUCUCAGGGAUUUAGGUAUUGUAGUUUAUUGUGAGGAGUCUUGAUGAGGAAAGGUUGAGGUCACCCAUAUAAUGUAAACAAUACACAAUGCAAGAUUUUUGUUAGUUUGGCUUUAAUGUUGGGCCUUGAAGUGAUUGUGGUGAAGUGGAGGUUGCAUCUAUCCUGUCUCAAUCUUUGUGGAUUUCCAGUUGGAUCAGUAAACAAUUGACACAAGUACAGUAGUAAAGUCUGGUCACUGUCCUAGCUGCUGGGGUGCAGACGAGUGUUUGUAAAAUGGUUUUGAAGGAUAAUGUUGUUUGGGGGUUUUUUUUUGUUUCUUGUUUGUUUGUUUUUUUAUGGCAGUUGUACAGUAUGAUGCUGAAUGUAUCAGUUGUAUGUGAGGCCCAUAAGUUAUAAGCUUGUAUAUGUUGUAAGGGCAUUGUUUGGGUUAGAAAGCUAAUCAUACUGGUAGUUACAAUGGAGUCUGCUUAAUCAGAAAACAGCAAGUAAAUUAGGAGACAAAAUUCUCCUAUUAAAACAUUUUUUUAAAAACUAUUGGAGCGACCUCUUCUACACCUGAAACCCGGCUAAAGAUUUGGAUACACAUAACGAUAAAUUGUUUUAAAGGUUGGACAUUUAUACAUCUUUAUGUGUAGGCCCAACUACAAAAUUGUAAGAAAGGUUGGAUGAUGUAUUGGACUGGAGACCAGAUUGAGAAAUCAUGCAAGGCCUGAUAUCUCUUGGGCGACCCUGAUCCGAUUUGGGACAGUUGAGCUGGAAUGCAGUAUCCCUUUGAAAUUUGCAGCUGCGCUGGAUUUAAGCUUGUGUGGAGUUCAUUUUUGGAAUCAGCGUAUCAAAAUUUAUGGCAAAGUGAUCACGAGGAACAUGAUUUGAUGCGAUAUUUAGUCUUUAGCAGACUUUAUUUCAGAAUUGUCAUUUUUUAAUCCAAAGUCAUGUAUCAAGGUUACCCACUACAUUGUGCAUCUGACUUCAAAGCUUCUGCUUCUACACACUUCAGUCACAAUAGAAUGCAUAGUUGACAGUAUGGCGACUUGGUCGAAAGACACCUCUCUUUAUGAUGAUGAUAUGCAGAACCCAUGGAUGUCUGUGGAUGAUUAAGCUCAGACUCAGACACCACUGUAACAGUAACAAAUUAGAGAAAAAAAUAUGGAGAACUUGUAUCAUUUUUGCAAACGGUUUCAUCGUAAUGCACAAAUUUGUGAUAAAAAAAAAAAAGUUACAAUCUCAGAAUAUAAUUAUAAGCGUGAGUGAAUAUGUUUCACUUUUAAAACCAGUCUUUUGUCCCAAGUCUCUUUUUCUUUUAUUUUUCGUUGUGUAAGAGCAGAGUGCAAGCAAAUCAAUGUCUCGGAAGAGUUAUAGCGUGUUUUCUAUGGCAAAGAGGAGGAAUCUCUCCAAUAGAAAGAACUUUGGGCCAUAAAUUAGAACAUGUAAAGUGAAUAGAUAUGCAGUUCAAUAAAAUUGAGUUCCUGUGUAUGGCGAAUCUGAUAUUAUUUAUUGUGCUUUGUAUAACUGGGGUUUAAACUGAAGAAAGUCCAGCUCUCUUGCAUAUUUUGUUUAAAGCAGACUCCACGGUAUAACUUUUUUCUCAUAGGUUCAUAACAUAUAUUAAUCACUGGUUAAAUGUGUUUUAGUUUGUUUUUAAGAUGAACAUUGUGGAUGGUUGGCGAGUGCCUUGGUGUGGUUUGCUCCUUCUUUCCUAAUAAACAUCUAUCGUACUUA